AUGAGAACUGUUGAUCGCAGAGGCAGAACCGGCGGUUCAGACCCGCGAAAGAGCAAAGAGGAUGAGGAGGUCGACAGGAUCAGCGAUUUGCCCGACUCGCUCCUCCUCCAUAUACUCUCUUUCCUGCCCUUCAGAUGCGCUGUCCGCGCAUCCUUGAUGCUUCGGCCGUUCCGCGGCCUUUGGAGAUCUCUGAGCAUGCUGUCCUUCGAGGAGUGUGAUUUCCAUGCUUGUCGCGGCCGUUCUGGAGCCGGUGGCGGUGAGUUCUUGAAUUUCGUCAACCAUGCGUUGGCUCUACACGAGAGCCCCGAAAUCCAUACGUUCCGUAUCGAGUUGGACUUUCAUGCGAGUGGCUCUACUAACCCUGAAUUUGACGGUCGUGGAGUAAUGUCAAAUAGAUUGGAUGAGUGGAUAUUCUUCACGCUGAAGAAAAAGGUGAAGGUCUUGGAUGUUGCCCUAGAUGGGUGUGGUAGGCUGUUGAGAGCAUUACCAGCUCUUCACUAUAGAGUGCCGAGUGCUGUUCUUGGUUCUAGUAGCCUGGUAAACCUUACAUUGAAGGUUUGUAAUAUCGAAUCUCUAGGACAGAUUCAUUUGAAAUCGCUUCAAAAGUUGUCGAUGUUUGAUGUUAAUUUAAGCGAAGAGGUGAUACAAAAUCUGGUUUCGGGAAGCCCGUCAUUGAAGAAGGUGUCCCUCUCGCACUGCCAUGGCCUGCAAGUUCUGAAGUUUGAUAGGCACCCGUCACUUGAAGAAUUGAAUGUUUGUCUUUGUGUUGACCUUGAAAAAGUUGAUCUUGCUAGUUCGGGCAUCAAAAUAUUGUCUGUCUAUAUCGUUUAUCCCUUGAGUAAGAUAAUCUGUCCGAAUGUCAUGACACUUGAACUGGAUGGAUCCAUAAAUGAAGUAAAUUUGGAUUGGGGAUCUUCCCUUAAUGAUGUGGCCCUCUAUUUCUAUCACUUUGGAGGAUUCUUUGAGGAACACGAGGAGGUCAAAACGCUUGUAGAAAAGUUUUGUAACAUUGCAUAUGUUACUCUCGGCAAUUGGAUUAUACUGAUCUCAAUUCCUCCAAUGGUUCUCUGUUUUCCAUCUGCAGCUCUUCAGCAUAUGGGAGCUAAUGUAUCUACCAUGCCCAACUUUCAGCUGGAAGGAGGAUCUAUCACGACUUGGAAUGACAUGGCUCAAAAAUUCCUUAGUAAGUACUUUCCUCCUGCUAAGUCUGCCAAGAUGCGUAACGAUAUUACUUCUUUUGUACAGAUGGAUGGUGAAUCUCUGUACGAAGCUUGGGAGAGGUUUAAAGAACUAUUAAGGCGUUGUCCGCAUCAUGGCCUACCAGUUUGGAUGCAAGUGCAUACAUUCUAUAAUGGAGUGAUGCCGAAUUUGAGGUCUACCAUUGAUGCCGCAGCUGGAGGGACGUUGAACAAUAAAUCGCCUGAGGAAGCCUUUGAUCUUUUGGAGGAGAUGGCGGCUAAUAGCUACCAAUGA